UUUUGUGUCAUGAGUAGAAGACAAUUAAGACGUCUGGAAAGAGAGUUGAAAGCUGUUUCGUUAAAACCUGAACAGGGAGAAGAAGAACAGCAAGUGAGUGCAUUUGAAGAACCAGAGCUCUUUCAGUCUGUCAAAAGUCCCUUUUUACUGUUGCAGUCUUCCGUAAGUGACGUACCAACAGAAGCCCUUUCAGAAGACGAGUCGGAAGAAGACCAAAUAGGGUCCAACCAGAAGCCAAAAAAUAGUAAAAGUUUUGCGCCAAAUAAUGAUGUGAAGAAAAAGAGAAGAAAUAGGAAAAACAAGAAGAAAACAGUUUCACAAGACUGGGAUGAAAACCUAACUCAGAAGGAACCUGCCCAGAGCCAAACAAAGGAGCAAGUCAUAGGAACGGAUUUACCGAAAGUGUUUUGGGUGGAUGCUUCUCUUCUCCACUCCAAGCACGAAAUUAGGAAACUUUUCGGAAGUAGUAUUGACGAUUCAAGUGACAAGAAACAAGGACGUGGAAGAAUGGCUGAAAUGGGAGUCCGCUCACGACUUGUACGAAGCAACUUUUCUGCAAAGCGCAAGUCACUUUUGAUUUCACCUGGAAGGGACUGGCUGGGAACACCCGAAGACAUUAGACUUACUUUGGUUGAAGAAGAUUUAUCUGGAUGUAAAUGGUUCAGAUAUGACUUUGAAGGAAUUUUUGUAUCCACUAGAAAUGACUUUGAGAAUAUUGUAGAAAUUGGAGAUCCUUCUCUUUUGGUAGAUUUUGUGAGUAGACAUCCCUACCAUGUAGAAGCACUCGUUCGACUAUCUGAGAGUUAUGCGUUGAUGGGAGAACCAGAACGUUCCGUCAAUCUGUUGGAAAGAGCAAUCUAUAUUUUAGAAGGUGCUUGGCCUGCAAACUUCAAACCUUUUCGUGGCACUUGUCGUUUGAAGUUUGAACAAGGCUCUAAUUAUCUUUUAUUUGUGGUAUUGUUUCGUUAUUCACACGCUCUUAUUCGAAGAGGACUUUAUCAGACCAGUUUACAAGUAGUAAAACUUCUUUACAACUUGGACUGGGAACAUGAUCCUAUGGGUGCUCUGUUGUAUAUGGACACUGUAUCUAUUUUAGCUCGUGAUUACAUAUUUGUCAUAAGCUCGUAUGAAAAUACACAUCAUUUGAAACUGGAGUUGUUACCUAAUUACAAACUGAAUUAUGCUUUGGCUAAGUUCCUUUUAGGGCAUGAUGAUGCCAACAAAAAGUUGUUGGAUGCUAUCUUAACUUUUCCAGAGACGGUUUUGAUGAUGUUGGAAGCCUGGAAGCUUGAGAUGAGUGAAACAUUUCUAUACAGUUUAGGAAGCUUUUCACAACGUAAAAACAAACUUUCAGCUUCCAUGGUGAGCAUGCUGGAUAAAAUUUCCAAAGUCUUUAUAUCUUUAGCCGAACCAGCGUGGAAUUCUAUACAAAUCAGGAAUUGGUUUUUGGAAUGUGUAAUGACCGCCUGUUCUUUAAUUGAUCAAGAUACUAUAAGUGUGGAGCAGCACGAGAAGAAUGAUUUUUGUUUAAUUGAUGCCCAACUUUUUUCCCAAGUUAGUAUUGCAGACUUUGCUCAUGAUACUUCUAGUCUUCCAGCCAAUCUCAUACAACAACAGCAUCCCAUCGGAAUAGCAGAAGAAGAGACUUUCACAGAAGAGGAGAGUUAUGGUUCCCUUUGGAGAAUUUUAGUGGAAAAUCUGUUGGGCAAUCCUUCUCGUGGUAAUGCAAAUGACGCUUCGAAUAUGACACAUGAAGACCAUAAUAGUGGGGAACAACAAGAUUAGAAUGAUUAUGAUGAUACUGAACAAG